CCGCGCCCCGCCCCGCUCCCUUUCCUUCCUGCUCCGCGCGGCGCCUCUUGGGAGUUGAAGUCCGAGGAGGAGGAGUUUCCGUUGGUGCCGUUGAAAGCGAUGAGGAGGAUUGACAGCAGACACAGCCGGGAUGACAUCCCCCUGGAGGACCAGGAGACGGAAGGGCAGAGGCAGCUCAAGAGCCUCCUGCACCAUCAGCUCGACACAUCUGUCUCCAUUGAGCAGUGUGUGUCCAAGCGCCGCUGCUUUGCGCCUGCAGCGCUCUACAAACCCUUUGGAGAGGAAGCCGCUGGGACCUGCACCUUGCCUCAGUUCCAGGCGCUGCAAGAAAGCAACAAAGAGGCUGCCGCUCUUCGAGAGCUGGGCCUCUCAGACGCCGAGAUCCAAUUCUGGAAGACCCAUGCCUUGGCAGAUAAGAGUCCCGGCCUUGGAGCAGCCCCCGAGGCGAUACGAGAGAGGAUCGGGGCCAUCGAGGAGAAGAUGGCCGAGCGCCAGCGCAUCCUUUCGCUGCCCCAGCGCUUUGCGGGCAGCAAGCAGCUGAGCAGGCGAGAGAUGGAGAUUGAGAGCUCUCUCUUCCAGGGCACGGACCGCCACGCCUUCCUGAGGGUUCUGUACCACCAAGGUGCAUGGCCGGGGGCCCCUGGAGUCCUUGUGGGUGGGCGUGGAAGGCAACUGGGGGAGGUGGCGGGGUGCUUCAUUGCCUAUGAAGCUACGCAGGAGGACCCCUUGUCACACCUCAGCACAACUCUUGGCCGCCGGCCUGAGGGGCUUCCCUUGCCUCCCCAAAGUGACCCAGAUGUGCCGUGCCCCGUGCCUCCCAGCAGCCCCCCAGUGUCUCAGGGCGCAGAUCCCCGGCCAACCCCAGCACCCGUGAUGGUGACAGAGCCGGUGGAGUUUAUCCCAGAGGAGGAGAUCCGCAAAAACCGCCUCUCGGAGGAGGAGAUCCGCCAGAUUCCCCGGUUUUCCUCCUACAGCCCUGGAGAGCCAAACGAGGUGCUGUACUUGAAGAACCUCAGCCGCCGCGUCAACAUGAAGGAGCUGCUGUCUUUGUUUGCGAGGUUCCAGGAGGAGGGAGGCCCCCAAAUCCAAUUCCGCCUGCUGAGUGGGCGCAUGAGAGGACAAGCUUUCCUCACCUUUCCCAGUAUCUCUACGGCACAGGCAGCCCUGCAGCUGGCAAACGGCUUCAUCCUGCUGGGGAAGCCCAUGGUUAUUGAGUACGGGAGGAAGAAGACACCUUGACUCUAAGCCUUCAUCCUGGAGUCUCCCCUGUGCUGCAGCAAAGUGGAAGCAGCCAGAGGGGUUUCACCUGGACGUGCGGGCAGCUGAACAGUCCAGGCCAAAAAGAAGUGUCACUUGCUGCCAGGGGCAGAGACCUGGGACUGUGUGACGGACAGCUGAGGUGGACCAGAGUGCCUCCGAAUUCCACUAGCGGCUGGGAGUCUCUGUCUGUUUGGCUACCAAGACAGCUAGCCAGAGGGGGGGUUGUGUGGAGCAUUUAGGGAGGGAGAAUAAAAGGAGCAAUUUCUAAGAGAGUGGGCAGAUAGUUUGAGGGAGAUAGUUGGUUCUGGUCUGUGUGUAGCAUCCACUCCGAGAAAAGUAUCUACAGCUAGUGAAAGGAGUCUCUGAGUUUAGACUGAAAGACGGUGUGUACUCUCUCGGGAAAGUAUUCAGACAGGAGUUAACUGGGGGCUGAGUUUGAGCUAGGAGAAGUAGGAGCUGUGAGGAUACAGUCUGCUUGGGUCUCAUUUCAGUUAGGAGGGGAGUGAUCUUCUAGGAAGAGAAGAAUCCCAAACCAGAUAAGAAGGUCUGUUAUAUUGCUAGAAAUACCUCUUGGGUGGGAUUCAUAAAAGGUUGGGUAACGUGACAGAAAGUGCCACGUUGUUUAAGAAACUAGAGAAUUCACCUAUGCAGCAACUAAGCUAAGGAACUGAAGUGAAAUUACUGGAAAUAAAUAAAAUAAAGAAAA